AUGAUCGCUGCAGCACCGUCACCACCACUGUCGUACUCACCACCACCACCAGACUGUCACCACCUGCCGGGCGACCCAGGAUGGCCGGGCCCGGGGGACUGGGACCAGUUGAACCGCACCGUCGGCGGCAGGCUAAUCGCCGGCCGGUCUCUGGCCAGUCGAUGUCACGGCCCGGGCUACGACCGAGAGGCAUGCGGCCGGAUCCAGGAGGCGUGGACGAAGCCGGCUACCUACUUUGAUGACCCGGUUCACGUCAUGGCGCCGUACUGGCUCAACAGCUCGUGCAGCCCCUUUACCGCGCCCAAUGCCUCGUGCAGCCUGGGCAACAUGGCGUCGUACGCCGUCAGAGUCGGCAGCGCGCACGAUGUCGCGGCAGGCUUCAAGUUCGCCCGCGACCACAACAUUCGCGUCACCGUCAAGAACACGGGCCACGACUUCAUCGGCCGCUCCGCCGGUCGGGGGUCGCUGGCCCUGUGGACGCACCACCUCAAGGCCAUCGAGUUCCUCGACUACAGCGGGCCCCGGUACCGCGGUCCGGCCGUGCGUGUCGGCGCCGGCGUGCAGUUCUUCGAGCUGUACCGCGCGGCGGCCCGGCGUGGGCUCCGGGUCGCCGGCGGAUACUGCCCCACAGUCGGCAUCGCCGGCGGCUACGUGCAGGGCGCCGGCCACGGCCCGCUCGGCGCCACGUACGGGCUCGCUGCCGACAACACGCUCGAGUUUGAGGUGGUGACGACCGGCGGCCGCCGGCUCGCCGUCUCCCCGUCGCGGCAUCCGGAUCUGUUCUGGGCCCUCAGUGGCGGCGGCGGCGGCACCUAUGCCGUCGUCGUCUCGGCCACGGUCAAGGCUCACCCCGACGGCCGCGUCGCCGGCGCAUCCCUGACCAUCCGCAACGACAACGACGAUGCCUUCUGGUCGGCCGUUGGCGCCUGGCACAGGCACCUCCUGGUCCUCGACCGCAUCCCCGGCUUCACCACCGCCUGGGGCGUCACCAACACGACCUUUAGCAUCCAGCCCGCAACUUGGUCCGGCGCCGACGCCGCCUCCAUGGCCGCGGUCCUGGGUCCAUUCCUGCAGGAGCUUCGGGCCCUCAACGUGACGCCCGUGGCCUUUGAGACGAGCGACAAUGCCACAUUCUACGACCACUACGUGCACUACACGGACCAGAUGCCCUACGGGCCGUAUCCCACAAACGACAUCAUCGGAGGGCGCCUGAUCCCGCGCUCGGCCGUGCGGCACAACUUAGCGGGCCUGGUGGCUGCUCUUCGCGCCGCGGCCAACUCGUCGCGGCUGCCGUCGAUCCGCAUCAACGGCAUCGCAGCCAACGUGACGCGCGCUCGCAGCGGCACCGUCGAGGGCUCCAACGCGGUGCUACCCGCCUGGCGCGACUCGCUAUACUGGCUCAACACGGACGUCGUCGUGGACCCGGCCUCGCCGCCCGCUGAGCUGCGCCGGAUCCAGACCGAAGUCAACCGCAUACAGGACACGUUCCGGCGCCUGACGCCCAGGAGCGGGGCGUACGCGAACGAGGCCACCUUUGACAACCCGAACUGGAAGGCCGAUUACUAUGGCCGCAACUACGACAGGCUGCUAGCGGUGAAGCGUAGGUAUGAUCCGAGUCUGGCCUUGUACGCCCAUACGUCGGUCGGAAGCGACGGCAUGACCGUGGCCGCCGAUGGGAGGUUGUGCAAGGCUCGUCAUAUCUUCCAUUGA